UGACAGUCAGUAGGUACCUAAUCAAUAUCAAAGUGAAAUGCAGCUCUGAAUAAUAGAAAUUAAAAGGGGACUGAUUAUCGUGUUGUUUACCAGCGGGCUCCAUGCUCAAUGAUAAAAGUAGCGUUUGUAUUUACAUUUGCGUAGUCGCGAUACACACGGCGCGCGGAGUGCACGGACGUAAGCGAGACCCACAGUGCGACCGGUAGCUUCAAAAUGGAGUUGAACUUUAUAACAACACUUAUUAAACACGAUGUGAACCAUAAUGUGAAACAGUGCUUCAAAUCUAAAAAGCCUUUCAUUAGCAGAAAAGAAGAAGUCAUGGCAAUCAAAAGCAAAUUUCCCACCAAAAUACCCCUAAUAGUCGAAAGGUACCACAAAGAAAGGAACCUGCCAACAUUGGAUAAAUCGAAGUUUUUAGUUCCUGAAGAUAUCACAAUGUCGCAGUUCUUAGUCAUCAUACGGAAUAGGAUAAGAAUCAAACCAAACCAAGCCCUGUACUUGAUCAUCAACAACAAAUCCAUGUUAAGCAUGAGCCUUACAAUGGCGCAGGCGUACGAAAACUAUGGAGAUGAAGACGGCUUCCUAUACAUCACAUAUGCCUCACAAGAAGUAUUUGGUUAUAAAGAUGAUAUGAAUAUAAAACAAACAAAUCAAGAAGUUCAAGCUAUCAGACAUAGGUUUCCAAACAAAGUACCGUUGUACGUAGAGCGGUACUCGAGAGAGCGCGAAGUACCGGCGCUGGGCAGAAACAAGUUUCUCGUGCCACAAGAACUCACCAUGUCCCAAUUCCUCUAUAUCAUACGGACGAAAAUGAAAUUAAGAGAUUCACAGGCGCUGUACUUGCUGGUGAACGACAAGGUGUUGGCGAGUCACAGUAUGACGAUGGCACAAGCGUACGAGCAGUUCCGAUCGCACGACGGCUACCUACACAUCACUUAUGCCGCGCAGCAGGUCUUUGGAUGAACGACGUAAACACAAACUAUUGGAGUAAACAAAUGUUCCUGCUGUCUUCUAAACAAAAGACUGAUAGUAUUCUAUUCUCUUCCUAUUGUGAUAGUUCUAGUUAAAGUUUAUUCUAAGUCACAAAUUAUACGUCGGAUGGCUGGCCUGCUGCGAGUGCAUAAAUUAAUAAUUAAUACUAAUUAACAAUUUCAAACGAACCCCAGAAAGCCGUACCAUUGAAAAAAGUAGUGCAAUAAGUGCGAACUAUAUCUUAUGAUCUCGAAGAAUAUAUAUAAUCGUGUAAAUUAUUUAAUAAUGUUAAGCUAUGUAUUGUGUCUGUGUAUUGUUAAGACACGCAUCAUGUUGGUAAUGUAACUGAAGAUCUGAGUAAAACUAUGUUAUUAUGUUCCCUGUUGAUGUACCCAUUAUAUUACAGUCAAAUAAAGUAUAUUUUAUUAAUAA